UGACGGGCUGUUUGGCAGCCUCCUUAGCACCCCGCAUAACUCAAUCCCGGAUUAGGAGUCCAGGCCCCACUCAUCUCCAGGCUUUGGGAGAGGAAAAAACUUCCUCCAUUUCUCCUGAAUUUAGGCGACGUCGGGACUACUACUCCCCCUCCUCCCAGAUUUGUAAUGACAAGGGGUACCCCCAUCGUUGGAUAUGCGGGUUUGGUGAAAGACUGUGUUGCCCUUUUCUUUUGGUUUUGAUACUGGGUUUUGGUCAUUUUUGUUCAACCUAGCCAAAGCAGAUUUGAGAGAGAGAAGAGAGAGAAAAGAGAAGGAGGUCGCUGAUCCUCAUUUCUGGUGACUCCACCGUUGUAUUCCGAUGGUUCCAGCUCUCUACUACAUCGUCUUCCUUCUUCGUCAGGUUAGCUAACAUAAUGGAAGGUCAAGGAACUUCCAAAUCAAAACGAACCAAUGCCAAGGAGGGACAAGAAAAACAAUCGCGUAGGCUAUGGACUCCUAAGGAAGAGGAGACCCUACUUGCGUGCAUGUUGGGCACGGUUACGGAAAAAGAUACAUGGAAAGCCCAUAAUGGUUUCAAGUCGGGCUUUUACGUUGAAAUUGAGAAAGGCUUGCAAAAGCUAUUGCCCGGGACCACUUUCAAAGCUCAACCAAACAUAGAGUCGAAGAUCAAAUAUUGGAAGGAAAAAUAUGGUCAUAUUGCCGACAUGAUACGGCUAAGUGGCUUUGCGUGGAAUUAUGAAACUAACUCCAUUGAGGUGGAUUCGGAGGAUGUGUGGAAGGAAUAUGAGAAGUUCAAUCCCAAAGUGAAAGGCAUGAAUGGGAAGGCUUUCUCUAUGUAUGAGAGUUGAGAAAUUUUAUUUGGGAUUGAUAGGGCAACGGGUGAUUUCGCGAUGCGGCGGAAUUAGACAAUUGUGACCUCGUUCAAAGUCUAAACCCCGAUGAAAUCCCAAACAUGGAUGAGUACUUUGAAGAGUGCUAUACACCUAGGUUUGUAAAUGGUGAGGCAAUAUGGACAAGUGAUACUUUCGUUGAGCAAUCGUAUGGUUCUAUAACCGCAAAUCCCACAACUCUAAUAAAUAAUGCUGACACUCCUACAAGCAUUCCCAAUGCCAAUGCAAAUGUGAAUGCCAAUGCCACUGGCCGUGCCAAUGCCAAUGCUCGUGCCAAA